AUGCUCGUGCGGGUGCGCUCGAAGAACGGGACGUGGCGCGUCGCGGGCCUCACGCCGUCGUCCACGAUCGCCGACAUCAAGAGCUGGAUCUUCGACCAGCACGCGAUCGACCCGCAGCGUCAGGAGCUGGCGCUCGACCUCCAGCAGACGCGGCAGACUGCGAACACACAGACGCUGCGGGAGCUCUGCGUGGGCCACGGCGACAUGCUCUUCCUGGACUACGAUGGGGAAACGGUAGGCACGGGGGGCGCAGUGGGUACUAAGAUCAACGCAGACGGUACGCUCACGCGGGUGGCCUACAGCGACCGCGCUGACAAGCAGUCGUUCCGGCCGGGCAUGAAGUCCCUGCGCGACAUGAAGAUGUACUGGACGCUGGACGAGUUUAUGCGCCUGGACGCGCAGUUUGAGUUCAAGAUCAGCGCGCAGAAGGAGCCGCACGUGUCGAAGGUGCAUUUGGACGGCGCGAGCUGCAACGACUUUCAGGCCUAUUUGCGUCAGUUUGCCUUCCAGCAGUCCCGCUGUGGCUGGCUCUACGGCUCUGUGGAUGCGGAGACCAAGGAGGUGACUGUGGACUUUAUUUAUGAGCCGCCGCAAGAGGGCAAUCCGUACGGCUUUGAAGUGCUUGACGACGCGAACGCGGACAAGGUCGACGCUGUUGCCGAGGCCCUUGGCUACGAAAAAGUCGGCUGGGUGUUCUCGCACCCUCCGCGCAAAGACGACGACUUCCACUUUUCGACUCGCGAGAUCCUACUAGCGGCACAGCUACAGGCCGAUGCAGGUGGCAAGAGCUCGUUGUUUCUGACACUCAAGGUGACGCUGGACAAGGAAGGGCAGGCAGUUUUCGAGGCCUUUCAGGUCAGCGACCUGUGUGUCGAGAUGUUUGCAGCUGGCGCGCUGCUCGAGAGCGAGAAAAACCCGAAGGCGUGUGCUGUAAGUGGCACCUUCACAGCCCUCGUGGAGGCCAAGCCGGCACGUGAGGUGGACAACAACUUUUUCCUGUGCGUGGUGCCUGUGCUUCCGCAUGAGUCCCCACUGCGGUGCGAGUUUCCGAAACUCAACCGAGAAGGUGCGUAUCGAAACCGCGAGGCGCUGAAGGCGCAGCUGCAAAAGCACCGCAACGAGCCGUACGCGAAGCGCAUCAGCGACUUCCAGCUACUGGUCUUUUUGUCGGAUUUCCUCGAUUUGCAGACGGACAUCCCGGUCAUCUGCCGAGCCGUGCGCGACUCAGACGUCCCGCUGGACUCGGGCUACCCGAUUCUUAUCGACUCAGUUGCGGGCUGCCAGUGA